AUGAGUCCUAAGAACCAUUUCUCGUCCUCAUCUUCAACAAAGUGUUCAUCAUCGACCAAUUUGGAGAAGAAUGUCUUGUUGAUGGAUUUACCAGCAUUGCACAGUGUUCAUCCAAUUGUGAAUCAACAACAGAAUAAUCAUCAAUUGUUCUUGGACAUGCUCAUGUUGGAUACAAACCAUUUGAAUACGAAUAACAAUCAUACAGUCGUUCCAUCGGGUGAAUGCAACUUGCCAUCUGGUGAAACGAACAACUGUUUGUUUGAAGACGUUGAACAAGAUUUAAAGCAAUAUCUCUUUUCUAACUCUUCGGUAUCGUCCAUGAGCUCACUAUCAGAUUCCCUUUCUUCAUUUACUCAACACCUGCCAAGUGUCAAUCCAUCUUUGUCAAGUCCUCCUACCAUGACCUCUUCCAAUCUAACCAACUCUACCACCAAUGUCGAAUGCAUGACCCAACCACAUACGACAUGUCCUCCCAUUCCUUCCUCAUUUUCUCCCAUUACUGGACGUCCAUUAUAUCCUCGUUUAAGACAUACUGGAAAAACGAAAUGUGCCAACUGUCAAAUCGAGUCGACACCCAUGUGGAGAAAGGGAUUAAUGGGAGAGAUUUUGUGUAACAAGUGUGGAUUGUAUUUGAUAAGACAUGGAAAGACACGACCGUUAGAAUUGUCUGCAUCGUCAAGCUCGUAUUCCAAUCGAUCCUCUUCUCCAAACAACAGCGAAGACUCUUCGACACUGUCAAAUGUCACUUCGACCAAAAAGAAGAGAUCUUACCAACGAAAAGAAAAGAAAAAAGAGUCAAAGAAUGAAUGUCACCAACACAAACGAAAGAAUGAUUCUUCCAAUACAUCCUCUCUCAAAGAAUUUGAACAAGAAUCCAAAAAGAAGAAAAAGAACCAAUCUCCAAUUUUGGAUUCCAAUCCAUCCUCUCCAAAUUCAUCUUCUAAUGUUUCUCCUCAUUUGUAUUUGAAUCACUCGUCGAAGUUGCAACAAGCACAUGAUACAGCUAAUUCUUCUUCGGCAAAUAUUGGAAAGAUCAUUUCGAUUCUAACUCAGCAAAAACAACCUUUGAAUUCUCAACAUGCAUUGAAUGGAGCGAAUACAUGUCAUCACCAUCAUGUGAUUUUACCUUCUAAUUUGAAUCAUUUAUUCAUGAAAGAACUUUUAAAUGUUCUGCCAAAUGUCACUAAUCAUGCUCCCACACAUUCAUACGUGAUGCAUCCACAUUCUGAACAUGCAACUCCACCUUCUUCUUACCUCUACAGCACGAUCAUGCACACUCCCUUAAAUACAAGCUCUAUUUCUCCACUGCAUGUCCAUCACUCCAUUCCGUUGGAUGGACAUUUCCUUAAAUUGAAUCAAGACGAAUUAUUGAGAGAGUUAACCACUAAUACACGCUCGAGUCAAGAACAACCAUCUCUCUCGACCAGUAAUGUCUCAGUCGAUGCAUUACAAGAAUUGACCAAUGAGUCAUCCAUCAUCUCUCAAAAUAAUCAUUCGAAUAUCUUUUACUCGAAUCAUGAAUUGGAUGAAUUCUUUAAAUUUCUUGAAGAAAAAUAA